GAAGCAGACGCCACCAGCAGUAACAACGCUGCACUUCUUCAAUAUCUGUGUGACAAUUACCGACAUUAUAUUAAUAUAGUGAGGACUAAUCACGAUCAUUUUUUGAGGCGGUUUAAAUCCCUUAAGCUAUUUUUUUAAUUGAGUUGGCUGCAAACCAUCGACUUCGUUUGGUUAGCUCAGAAGUCCCAUGAAGCUACCAUAUUAUCAUUUGAAAUCAUACAUGGACCACCUGCUUUGCUAAUUUGAGACACUUGGUGAAGAUGAAUCGUCCAAAACCAACAGCCCUGCGGCGUCCCAGUGCUGCAAAAACAUCAGGUCAUCCCCCACCUGGAGAUUUCAUUGCUCUGGGCUCCAAGAACCAAGGUGGCGAAUCCAAAGCCCCCGCGGUCCUCCUGAAGCCAGCUGCCGCAGUUUUACCAGCAGACCGGAAGAGAGAGACUUCCUCCGCAACCCCAUCCUCAUCGGGUCUCUCCAGCCUCGCCAAGCGGCCCAAGCUUUCCACCACCCCGCCAAUCAGCGCCCUGGGACGGCUUGCUGAUGUUGUAGCUGCAGACAAGAGGGCCAUAUCACCCUCCAUUAAGGAGCCAUCGGUGAUACCAAUUGAAGUGUCACCGGCGCUGCUGCUGGAUGAGAUCGAGGCCGCGGAGUCGGAGGGAAAUGACGACCGCAUUGAGGGGCUGCUGUGCGGAGCGGUGAAGCAGCUCAAGAUGAACAGGGCCAAGCCGGACAUCACGCUGUACCUCAGCCUCAUGUUCCUGGCCAAAAUCAAACCCAACGUGUUUGCCACAGAAGGAAUCAUCGAGGCCUUGUGCAGCCUGCUGCGACGAGAUGCUUCCAUCAACUUUAAAGCAAAAGGAAACAGUCUUGUGUCUGUGCUCGCCUGCAAUCUGCUGAUGGCCGCCUAUGAAGAGGACGAGAACUGGCCUGAGAUAUUUGUCAAAGUGUACAUCGAAGACUCCCUGGGGGAAAGAAUCUGGGUGGACAGCUCUCACUGCAAGAACUUUGUGGACAACAUUCAGACGGCGUUCGGCACCAAGAUGCCACCUAAAAGCAUGCUGCUGCAAGCCGACACGGGUCGAGCCGGUGGCGAUCUCAGUGCAGGUAGCAGUCCUCAUCCAUCAACUCCUGAUGAGGACGACAGCCAGGCCGAAUUACUGAUAGCUGAGGAGAAACUCAGUCCUGAGGAUGAAGGGCAGGUUAUGCCAAGGUAUGAGGAACUAGCGGAGAGUGUGGAGGACUACGUGCUGGACGUCCUCAGGGAUCAGUUGAACCGCCGGCAGCCGAUGGACAACGUGUCCCGCAACCUGCUGCGCCUGCUGACUGCCGCGUGCGGAUACAAAGAGGCCCGACUCAUGGCAGUGCAAAGGCUGGAGAUGUGGCUCCAGAACCCAAAGUUGACCCGACCAGCUCAGGACCUCCUCAUGUCGCUGUGUAUGAACUGCAACACACACGGAGCGGAUGACAUGGAGGUGAUCUCCAACCUAAUCAAGAUCCGACUCAAGCCCAAAGUGCUCCUCAACCACUACAUGCUGUGUGUCAGGGAGCUACUGAAUGCACACAGGGACAACCUGGCCACUAUGGUGAAGCUGGUCAUCUUCAACGAACUGUCCAAUGCCAGAAACCCCAACAACAUGCAGGUUCUCCACACUGUGCUGCAGCACAGCCCAGAGCAGGCACCAAAGUUCUUGGCAAUGGUGUUCCAAGAUCUGCUCACCAACAAGGACGACUACCUCCGCGCCUCACGAGCCCUGCUGAGGGAGAUCAUCAAACAGACUAAACAUGAAAUCAAUUUCCAGUCCUUCUGCUUUGGCUUGAUGCAGGAGAGGAAGGAGGCCAGCUACGUGGACAUGGAGUUCAAAGAGCGCUUUGUGAUCCAGGUGACCGAUUUACUGACCGUCUCCAUGAUGUUGGGCAUCACAGCUCAGGUCAAAGAAGCUGGCAUUGCUUGGGACAAAGGAGAGAAGAAGAAUCUGGAGGUCCUGAGGUCCUUUCAGAAUCAGAUUGCCUCCAUUCAAAGGGAUGCCGUGUGGUGGCUGCACUCCGUGGUUCCUACCAUCAGCAAAGUGGGCGCCAAGGACUACGUCCACUGCCUUCACAAAGUGCUUUUUACAGAGCAACCAGAGACCUACUACAAGUGGGACAACUGGCCGCCAGAGAGCGACAGAAAUUUCUUCCUGCGCCUCUGCUCCGAGGUGCCCCUGCUUGAGGACACGCUGAUGCGCAUUCUGGUCAUCGGGUUGUCCCGUGAUCUGCCACUGGGCCCGGCGGAUGCCAUGGAGCUCGCCGACCACCUGGUCAAGAGGGCGGCUGGCGUUCAGUCAGACGAUCUGGAGGUCCUCGUUGUGGAGCGGAUCCAGCUCAUUGAUGCCGUGCUCAAUCUGUGUACAUACCACCACCCAGAAAACAUCCAGCUGCCCGCAGGGUACCAGCCGCCAAAUUUGGCAAUAUGCACCCUGUAUUGGAAGGCUUGGCUGCUGCUGCUGGUGGUGGCUGCAUUCAAUCCACAGAAAAUAGGCUUGGCCGCCUGGGAUGGUUACCCCACCUUAAAAAUGCUCAUGGAGAUGGUUAUGACAAAUAACUACACGUACCCGCCGUGCACCGUGGCGGAUGACGACACGAAGACAGACAUGAUCAGCCGCGAGCUGCAGAUCUCUCAACGGGAAAAGCAAGAGAUUCUGGCCUUCGAGAGCCACCUUGCCGCCGCCUCCACAAAGCAGACCAUCACAGAGAGCAACAGCCUCCUGCUUUCACAGCUUACCAGUCUGGACCCGCAGGGUCCUCCUCGUCGACCUCCACCUCAGGUGCAGGAGCAAGUGAAGACACUCAACCAGUCCCUACGCCUCGGCCACCUUCUUUGCCGUAGUCGCAACCCGGACUUCCUGCUCAACAUCAUACAGAGACAGGCCUCCUCUCAGUCCAUGCCAUGGCUGGCUGAUCUGGUCCAGUCCAGCGAGGGGUCCUUAGAUGUGCUUCCUGUGCAGUGCCUGUGUGAGUUUCUCCUGCAUGACGCUGCGGAUGACAGCCUGCAAAUAGAUGACGAUGACGAGGGAGGGAGCAAAGAGCAGAAGGCCAAGAAGAGACAAAGACAACAAAAACAAAGACAGCUCCUUGGGCGUCUUCAGGAUCUUUUGCUAGGACCAAAAGCUGACGAGCAAACGACAUGCGAAGUGCUGGAUUACUUCCUGCGACGUCUCAGCUCCUCUCAGGUGGCAUCAAGAGUGCUGGCGAUGAAGGGUUUGGCACUGGUUCUGACUGAAGGAGGCCUCAAAGAUGGAGAGGAACGUGACCAGCCCAUGGAGGAAGAUUCUGCUGAUGCUGAGCUCCUGCCGGGGUACCAGUGGCUGUUGCAGGACCUCCCGAAGCUGCCCAUGUUUGACAGCGUCCGAGGCAUGACGUCCACCGCCCUACAGCAGGCCAUUCAUAUGGAGACAGAUCCUCAGACUAUCAGCGCUUAUCUCAUCUACCUCUCCCAGCAUGCACCAGUGGAGGAGCAGGCUUCUCACAAUGACCUGGCUUUGGACGUCGCCCGGCUCAUCGUGGAGCGCUCGACCAUCAUGAACAGCCUGUUCUCCAAGCACUCCUGUAGACCCGAAUCGGAGGCCGUUCUCAGCGCUUUCCUCUCCAUCUUCUCAGCCUACAUUAGGAGGAUGAGGAAGACCAAAGAAGGGGAGGAUCUGUAUAGCUGGUCAGAAUCUCAAGAUCAGGUGUUUCUGCGAUGGACCACAGGGGAAACCGCCACAAUGCACAUCCUUGUCGUCCAUGCGAUGGUCAUCCUUCUUACACUGGGACCCCCUAAAGGGGAGAGUGACUUCUACAGUCUUUUGGAUAUUUGGUUCCCUGACAAGAAACCUUUACCCACCGCCUUCCUGGUGGACACGUCAGAGGAGGCCCUACUGCUGCCCGAUUGGUUGAAACUGAGGAUGAUCCGAUCCGAAGUGUCUCGAUUAGUGGAUGCAGCUUUGCAGGACCUGGAGCCUCAGCAGUUGCUUCUCUUCGUUCAGUCGUUUGGCAUUCCGGUCUCAAGCAUGAGUAAACUGCUGCAGUAUUUGGACCAGGCUGUCUCUCAUGAUCCACAGUCACUGGAGCAGAACAUCAUGGACAAACACUACAUGGCCCACCUUGUCGAGGUGCAGCAUGAGCGUGGUGCCACCGGGGGGCACACUUUCCACAGCUUGCUGAGCACCUCUCUUCCUACGCACAGAGAUGCCGCUGAAACAAGUAAAGCCAAAGUUACAGUGGAAACGCCCCAUGGUUCUAUUAAGAUGAGAGCAGCCGCUCAGCUUCCUGUCGUCGGUCCUGAUGAUGAUCUGACAGGAUUGAUUCUUCGGAUAUUCCCAUUGAAGGCGGAGCCGCGCUGGCACGGCCCACCUCCCAAUCAGCUGUCCCUGGCCUUGCAGCAAGCUCUGGCCAAAGAGAUCAUGCGAGCCAAGCAGGGCCACAUUCACCAGGGCGGGCUGGCGUUCCGUCUCCUGCAGGCCAUCGCAGCUCUGCUCACCUCAACCCACGCUGGACAAAUCGUCCUGUCCAUGCACCGUAACCAUGCCCUCUCCUGCCCGCUCAUGCGCCAGCUUCACCUCUACCAGCGCCUUGUGCUGCAGGAUGUUUCUUUCUCCUCACUGUUCCUCAAGGUCAGUGUUGAGAUGCUGAUCUGGCUUGACAAUCCAUCUGUGGAGGUGGGGCCACUGAAGACCCUGCUCAAGUCCUUUAUUGGCCAGAACUCUCACACACACAGAUACAAUGAUGUACGCUCAGGCUUCCUUCACCUGGAUGAGACACUGGCAUAUCGCAGUGACACAGAGGUGCCGCUUAGAGCCAUCAUAGCGAUGCUUAAAGCAGGAGAGAGAUGUAACGCGGAGGCGGAGCUCAUUGGAAAAGUGCUACAAGGGCUGAUGGAGGCCAAGUCCCCUUAUUUGGAAGAACUGCUGUCUCUCUUGAUGACUGUCGGUACACAGAAUGGGACAGCCGGCCCCGUUGCCAUGGUGAUAUCAUUGCUGCUGCAGGAAAGUGAGGAGCGGGCCGUGAAGAAGGAUGCAAAUGCAAACAGCUCCGAGGUGGCAAAAUCCGGGUUGAGCUCAGGGCUGCUGGUGGACUGGAUGGAGUAUUUGGACCCUGAGGUUACAUCUGUGUGUCCUGACCUUCAGCAGAAACUCUUGUUUGCCAUCAAUAAGGUGAGAACCUCCCCAUCUUGUAUCCCGCUGCAGUGGCUGAUGCAUCUUACUGUGUCUCUGUCUCAGGCACGGGGCACUCCGGCCUACAGGCCUUACCUUCUGGCCCUGCUCACGCAUCAGUCCAACUGGUCCACAUUGCUGCAGUGCAUCAGCGCCCUGCUCAGCAAGAGAAAAGACUACAAAUUGGACCCGACUUCUGCUCUGGAUUUCCUGUGGGCGUGCAGCCACAUCCCGCGCAUCUGGCAAGGACGCGACCAGAAGAUCUCUCAAAAGAAAACAGAGAAAUUUGUAUUGCGGCUCAGCUCCGAGGAGCUCAUCAGCCUGGUGGAUCUGAUCCUGGCCGAGUCGGAGCUCAACGUCCGCAAUUCCACGCACGAUGAGCAGAGCGUUGCGGAGGAAGCCUGCUGCUCUCUCAUCCAGGCCAGGCUGCCUCUCCUCCGCUCGUACUGUAACGGCCGUCUGGAGAACAUCAAGAAAGUGUCCGAGUACCUCAUCAGCUGCACCAAGAAGUGGGAGGACAGCGCCAUGAGUAAGCGCUGUCAGAACCUGCUGCUCCAGAUCUACCUCCACUUCCCAGAGGUCAUCCAGCAUGUCGCCUUGCCUGAGGGCACGUUAAGCAGCGGGGGCACAGCGGACGGCAGCACCUGCAAGCUUGAUGUCCUGGUCCACCGUCUGGUCACGCUGCUCGCUGAUGUAGGAGACUCAAAAUCGGCAGAGGGUCGUGUUUCUGAUGCCAACCUUGCAUGUAGGAAGCUAGCUGUGUCACAUCCUGUCCUCUUGCUCAGGCACCUGCCCAUGAUCGCAGGCCUUCUUCAUGGUCGCAUUCACCUAAACUUGCGUGAGUUCCGGCAGCAGAACCACAUGACAUUCUUCAGCAAUGUCCUGGCUAUCCUGGAGCUGCUGCAGCCCCUGGUAUUCCACGCCGACCACCAGAGGGCGCUUCAAGACUGCCUCUUGUCCUUCAUGAAGGUCCUGAAGAACUUUCAAAGGAGUCGUUCCCCCUUAGUCAUCAUCAAUAAGUUCCUCCAGUUUACGCAAAAGUACAUUACCCAUGAUGCAGCAGCUGCUAUCCCAUAUUUGCAGAGGCACUCUGACAUACUGCAGAGCAUGAGUGCUGAAAAUCCAGACUUGGUCCAGUUGAAGUCUCUCCUGGCCGGACUCACUCUUCCUGUAAAGAGCUCUUCCAUAGAGGUCACUGCAGAAGACAGAGAUGAUGAGGUGGCGGCCGGUUCCCUCCCUAUGGUCAACAUCUCCGCAUCGGUUCCUUUAAGUGGCGCUGACAUGACAAAAUAUCUGAAGAAGAUGUCGAGAGGGGAGGCCGUGGAGGACGUGUUGGAAGUGUUGACGGAGGUGGAUGAGAAGUCAAGGAGGAGCCCGGAGAUCAUCCAGUACUUCAUCAACGACCUGCAGAGACUUAUGACGUCUCCUGAGGAACUGUGCCGGAAUAUCGCCUUCAACCUAGCGCUGCGCUGCAUCCAGAAUAAUCCCAGCUUGGCCACUGACUUCCUGCCAACGUUCAUGUACUGUAUAGGCAGCGGCGACUUUGACGUGGUGCAGACGGCCCUGAGGAAUCUUCCUGAAUAUGUGCUGCUCUGUCAAGAGCAUGCAGACAUCUUACUCCACAAGGCGUUCUUAGUGGGCGUCUACGGACAAAUCGACACCAGUUCUAUGAUCUCAGAGUCCAUGAAGGUCCUUCACAUGGAAGCAAUUUAGAUUAUUUUGUAUUUUAACCACACACUUCUUUGAUUCUCAGUGCCAAUUACAUUUUUACUCUCCCAAAUAUGAAAUUAGGCUUUGGCCAGGGUUUGAAUUUAUAUGAAUUUCAGUCACCGAAACAUUUGUGACUUUUAAACGAAAAACCACAAAGCCAUUCAUUCCUUUGUCCCCAAGCCGCAAUGUUUUCCUGUCACCUAAAAAGCAUUUAUGAAGCACACCCCGGUGAAUAAAAGGACUGACACAAUCUGCCUUUGAGUGAGUAGUGGAACAAAUUUUAUGCAGCCGCUCAUUGCAUCAAAAAAAAAAAAGAUGACUUGAAAUUGUAAAUAAAACAUCCUACCAGCUACCAAACCCAAUUAUUAACUCUGUGUCAGAAGGAAAAAAAAAUGAUGCUAAGCGGGCGCCUUUCAAUUGGUUGCAGACAAAGCGGCAAGCAGCUGUCACGCUGCGUGGCGGCUCGCUCCUCACCGGCGUGCGGCAGACAGAUUAAAAGGCGCGAUGAACAUGCUGCGAUGGAAACCAUUUUGCCAUGAAAGUGUGUCUUGUUUAGAGCUGUGCUUCCGACUUCAUCUGAAAGACUCCUGAUGGAGCGCAAAGAGCCCAGUCAAACAAUGCAGGCAUGCGGGCCGAAAACGAGGAAAGUGGACUCCCCCUUUGGGGACAAAUUGACCGUGGCGGUAAUUGUUCAAUCAUUUCCAGCCAAAGGUCCGCUUUGAUGACGUGAUACGAGUCAGACCCUCAGACUGCCACUGGGUGUUGUGUUACACGGAACAUGAGGAUGAGGCUGAGGCAUGCCCGCACUCGUCACUCAGUGGAAGCUGUCACUCAGAAAUAAAAGGAAAAUAACAUACAUUCAGCUUUUAGCACUUUACACCCCAUUGUAUUACACUGUAACGUAGGAACAAGGCUUUCUCCCCCCACAUAAACCUUUUAGUACAUUACUCUCAACGCGCAGUGUAUCAUUUCUACCACUAGGGGUCUCUGAAACAAAAGAAAGUAGUCCGGUGAAGCUUUCUGUCAUUGAUGUGCUUUACCUUUUUUGCUAAAACCAAUGCAAUGUAGUUUUAAGAUGAGAUAAGCAGUUAUAUACUGUAUAUAGCAACUUAUCAAAGGGCCGUUUAUUUACCUAAAUUGCAGUUAAUUGGAAGCAGGCGGUAAUUGGAGAUAAUCUUUCUUAUAUGGGAAAUUAUUUUUACAGGGUGAUUGAAAAGUAACUCCCUAUUUUAAAAUACUUAAAAUUCUGUUGUUUGUUCUUUAUUGCAUGACCUUUUGUGACUUUCUUUGGGGCGGGUGGUAAGUCUACUGUACCAAACAUAAGAUUUUGGAGGGCAGAUCUGAGAACUCAUCUCUUCCAUCCAAUAAGAGUUCCUGAUGAAAUCCGUUGAUGCGAUUCCUGGGUAGCUCUAGAAGAAGCCGGUAGCGAUUUCUGGUGCCCACAUCGACUUUCAACUAAUUUGAACAGUUAC